AUGCAUCUCGAACGUUCAAACCCAACCCCAGAACACGUUCAGUCUCUCGAUCCCACUGCAAACUGGUUCCCUGAGAUUGCUCAAUGGAUGUUUAUCGACAGCAAUGGUGCUAUUGAAUUUGAGAUGAUACCAGAUUCGUCAGAAGAGGGUGAUAAACCGAGAGCUGGAGGCGAAACUGACUCCAUCGUGAAGACACCAAAUGGACUGGAAGAUACUGCUCUAACCGCUUCCAAUCAUGACGGAAUCCCAAUUCAUCACGAUUUCGGGCCGGCGCUCGGGCAGAUCAAGCAGGAAGAUUUAGGAUUCUUAUCCCGAGGAGAGGAAACGAGAUUCAUGGAACCUCGUCCUGGAUGGACUGCUCAAACACCAGUCAGGCUGGACAGUAUUUUGGGUCCCAAUACUAGAAAUCAGCGCCCCGGGGUCUCUGCGUAUACCCAACCUGGAAACGCUUUUUCCUCGCCGGAGCGGAACUAUAACCUGUCUCAGGGAACGUUUCAGUAUCCACAGCACGCCCCGUUUCCUAUCAAACUCUCCACAAUCAGGCCUCAGGAUAUCCCUGACCAUAGGCAUCCUAUCUUACCUCCUGUUCCUAUCCAAGGAUACACUGGGACGUACUAUCCUCUUCAACCUACGCGCUGGCCACCGAGGAUGACCGUUGACUAUAUUCCGGGGUACCCUCCGUCACCUUAUCUGAAAGAAGGCCUCCCUAACUGGCGCCUUGAGAUCGACCAGUUCAAUAAGUCCUUCGAGGCGUUAGGCGGUCCCAUUCUUCAGAUUGAUAGUAUUCUCAGGAGAAACUCCCAUAUCGAGAAGAACAACCUCUGGAAAACCAAGCCGCCAGUGGCUCUAGGCUCUGCCUUGUACGCACUAUCUUACAACGUGGAAUCUCAGCAGUCGGCACAGCAUCACCAAAGGUCACGUUAUCAAGGUCUCCUUCAUGAUCAUCGAGGUCCCUAUGACCAAGAGUCCCAGCAGCAACAACAUUUUCAGCAACAGGCCCUUCAGCAGCAAGGUUUACAGAAGAAAGCUUUCCAACCGCCCGUAUUCAGGCAAUCUUUGUCCCCUGUACAGACACCACUCGGGCAUCUCCCACUUUUCGGUCCACAUGCCUCAUACGGUCAGCAAAACCAUUUCUUGACACCCGAGCAUUCAACACCAAAAGCCGGCAGCUGGUCGAGGAAGAAGAAGGGAGGAUUGAGCCUUCUAGAUGCCCGCAUGGCAAAGCAGAGGGAGGGGUAUAGAAGGAGCUUGAGAGUCGGUGGUAUCCAAAGUGAUAACUAG